GUAUAUAAACGCGUAGGUUUUUAGCCCUCCAUUCUCCGGGAGAGUGACAAAGAGAGUGGUCGAACCCUAACCCUAAGAUGGCUCCCAAGACGCCGAAGGUAAGUAGGAAUCCAAAUCUAGUUCGAGGAAUUGGUAAGUACUCGAGGUCUCAGAUGUACCAUAAGAGAGGUUUGUGGGCUAUCAAGGCCAAGAAUGGAGGUGUUUUUCCCAAGCACGACCCCAAACCCAAACCAGAUGCUCCCGUUGAGAAGCCGCCGAAGUUCUACCCAGCAGAUGAUGUUAAGAAGCCUCUGCUUAACAAGCGCAAGCCGAAACCCACCAAGCUCAGGGCUACUAUUAAUCCAGGAACAGUUUUGAUCCUUCUUGCUGGAAGGUUCAAGGGCAAAAGGGUUGUGUUCCUGAAGCAACUUUCCUCAGGGUUGCUUCUGGUCACUGGUCCAUUUAAAAUCAAUGGUGUCCCUUUGAGAAGAGUCAACCAAGCUUAUGUCAUUGCAACCUCUACCAAGGUUGACAUCUCUGGAGUUAAUGUUGGUAAGUUUGAUGACAAAUUCUUUGCCAAGCAAGUGGAGAAGAAAAAAAAGAAGGGAGAGGGCGAGUUUUUUGAGGGAGACAAAGAGGAAAAGAAUGUCCUUCCACAAGAAAAGAAGGACGAUCAGAAAACUGUUGAUGCACCAUUGAUUAAAUCUAUUGAGGGAGUCCCGGACUUGAAGGCUUAUUUAGGGGCUAGAUUUUCUCUCAAGGCAGGAAUGAAACCUCAUGAGCUUGUUUUCUAGAGGAAAAAAAAGAAAAGAAUUUGCUAAUUCUGUUUGAACUUUAUUUUAGCAGUUGUGCUAUUCAAUUUUUUGGCAGUUGACAGCUAUAUGAACCUCGUAUAUGGUGAUGCAUUAUGAAACGGGAUUUUUCAUUUUCCUA